AUGAUUAUGCUAAUUGUCAAGCAGUCAGUUCCGGUCACAUGUCCGCAGCAGGUCAAGCACAGCAGGUCCCCGCAGCAGGUCCGUCAGCAGGGUCCGCAGCAGGUCCGGUCCGCAGCAGGGUCCGCAGCAGCAGCAGCAGGUCCGGUCCGCAGCAGGUCCGGUCCGCAGCAGGUCCCGUCCGCAGCAGGUCCCGUCCGCAGCAGGUCCGGUCCGCAGCAAGCCCGUCGCGCAGCAGGUCAGCAGUCGGUCCGCAGCAAGCAGGUCCGUCCGCAGCAGGCAGGUCCGUCCGCAGCAGGCAUCCGCAGCAGGGUCCAGCAGCAGGUCCGCAGCAGCAGCAGGUCCGGUCCGCAGCAGGGUCCGGUCCGCAGCAGGUCCGUCCGCAGCAGGUCCGGUCAGUCCCGUCCGCAGCAGGUCCGGUCCGCAGCAUCCGCAGCAAGCAGCCGUCCGCUCCGAGAAAUGCCUCCGCUAUCACCGCCAUCUGACCCGGACGCCGUUGCCGGUACCACGCUCCCUGACGCCUCUCCCGCCCGUCAUGUGAGCUGA